UGUUGAGCUUUCUGUCGGUCGCAUUUCGUUUAACAGACUAUUAGGUUUAAAAGGAUUUUAGUGGAAAGUGAAAGGAAGACAACAGUUUCGUUUGGCUGUGCUCGCUCUGUAGUUUACGCUUGUUGGCAGUCCUAUGUUAGGUGACCAAGGUGUGAAAAGGUAGAACUGAGGAAAUUCAACUAGCUUAGCUUAGUUUAGCUUAGCUAAAUCAGUGUAGCCUUACUUCACAGGUUGUUGGCUAAUAGCUUUAACAUUUUGCUAGCCAGCUAAUCUGCUGCUAGAUAAAAAAAAAUACUAUCGUAUUGCAACAGUCCAAAACUGUUGUGUUGUGCUUUCUGUUUAACACCUGUUGUUCCAUAGAGCGAUAGAUGGCGUAAGAGUAAUUCGGAGUCCACAUCAAAAGUACAACGAUGGAUCUUUAUUUUCGACACUUUUUAUUCUGAUAAUUUACCACGUUAAAAGAAAAUGGGAAACGGAUUAUCAGAUCAAUCCAGUUUAUUUUCCAAUCUUCCGUUCUGCAAAUGUCUCCACAUCGCGAUUUUGGGUCUGGACUCUGCAGGGAAAACCACAGUACUGUAUAGACUACAGCUCAACGAAUUUGUGAACACAGUUCCCACUAAAGGAUUCAAUUCAGAGAGAGUAGAGCUCUUACUUGGGACCUCUGGGAAGGUGGUGUUUCACUUCUGGGAUGUUGGCGGUCAGGAGAGACUGCGUCCACUCUGGAAGUCGUACACUCGCUGCACGGACGGUAUUGUGUUUGUGGUCGACUCUGUGGAUGUGGAGAGGUUGGAGGAGGCGAAAACAGAACUUCACAAAACGAUACGAUCCUCAGAGAACCAAGGUGUGCCUGUGCUUAUUUUAGCUAACAAGCAGGACUUGAGAAACUCCCUCUCCCUGUCAGAAAUGAUGAGUAUGCUGGCACUUGGUGAGCUAGGACCAACAACUCCAUGGCAUCUGCAACCAACCUGUGCUAUAAUCGGUGAUGGUCUAACAGAAGGGCUUGAAAAGCUCUAUGACAUGAUCCUCAAACGGAGAAAGAUGCUAAGACAGCAGAAAAAGAAAUGAAUGAAAUUGUGGUGUUAUAAAGUAGUCAUCACCACCCCCUUCUUGUCAUUUGACUGAGUUUUAUCAGUUUGACAGGCUAUUUUGUCAUCUUUAAGCCUAUGGCUUUAAUCAGCUUUGUCCGUAGGAGGAGACCAUACAUUUAUGAAGGAAUACUGGAAAGAAACAGUCUAAAAAUGGCUCUGAAGAUUGCAAAUUGAGUGCUUCUUUACUUGAUAUGUUAAGGUGUGAAAGGUGCAUGCCAACAUGCACAUAUAUAUCCUGCUUAAAAAAAGAUCAGUCUUAAACCUGCUGGAUGAAAUGUAAUGUGAAGGUUGUGAAAGUGCAGAUUAUUACAGAUCAGCUACUGUUUAACCCCAAAACAAUGGGGGUUCCAGUGUGCUUGUUUACUUGAUUUUUGCCCUGUAACAUGUUUACCACACAGUGCAACCUAUUUCAUUUCACAUUUAGUUUGAAAGGUUUUUGACUUUUCAUGGCAAAAAUGCUUCUACAUUUUUCCCCAUUCACCCUGCUUUUCUGUCUGCCUUUUUAUGAUCUCAUUUUCAGCCUUUUUGUAAAUCGUUCUUUACAUGCACUUUAGAUGUCAUUAUCUAUACUAAAAUGUUGUUGGGUUUCAUUUUAAUGUAAAAGUGUUGGGUUUUUUUUGUUUUUUUUCCAUUUAAGCUUGAGUUUGUAAUAUGCUCUAAGAGAAAAAAAAGUCUGUCAAUUUAAAAUUUAAUAUAUAUUCUAAGACUUGCACACUGGUUUAUGUUGUAACAGGUAUAAGCCUAAUUACUUCUGUAAAACCUGUUUUCAACUUUGGCUCCAUGUUCAAAAUACAAUAACAGUGUUUUACCAUAUUGUUCAUAUUGACCUAUGCUCUGUAGGGUGUAUUAAUCCAGUAAUUAAUACAGUAGGGUGUGUUGUAGAAUGUUGACUUCUUCUUUUGUUUUGUCUGAGUACAUCUGCUAACAUGUAAAUAGAAAUCUCA